CGCGGCGCCGCCAGGGUGUCCGCCCCAAAAGGUCGCCCGGCCGCCGGCGCCCGCGGAGCCUGCCUCGCCCGGGACCUGCCGCUCCUGUCGCCGCCGCGCCAUGGCCUUCGUCACCAGGCAGUUCGUGCGCUCCGUGUCCUCCUCGUCCGCCGCCUCGGCCGCCGCCAAGAAAAUCGUCAUCAAGCACGUGACGGUGAUCGGCGGCGGGCUGAUGGGCGCGGGCAUCGCGCAGGUUGCCGCAGCGACUGGCCACACGGUGGUGUUGGUGGACCAGACAGAGGACAUCCUGGCAAAGUCCAGGAGGGGGAUCGAGGAAAGCCUCAGGAGAAUGGCUAAGAAGAAGUUUGCAGAAAACCCCAAGGCUGGCGACGAGUUUGUGGAGAAGACCCUGGGCAGCACAUCCACCAGCACGGACGCGGCGGCCGCGGUGCACAGCACGGACCUGGUGGUGGAGGCCAUUGUGGAGGACCUGGCCGUGAAGAACGACCUCUUCAAAAGGCUGGACAAGUUUGCCGCUGAACACACAAUCUUUGCCAGCAACACUUCCUCCUUGCAGAUCACCAGCAUCGCCAACGCCACCACCAGACAGGACCGGUUCGCUGGCCUCCAUUUCUUCAACCCCGUGCCGAUGAUGAAGCUCGUGGAGGUCAUUAAAAUACCCAUGACCAGCCAGAAGACGUUCGAAUCUCUGGUGGACUUCAGCAAAGCCCUGGGAAAGCAUCCUGUUUCCUGCAAGGACACUCCCGGGUUCAUCGUGAACCGUCUCCUGGUGCCGUAUCUCAUGGAAGCCAUCAGGCUGCACGAGCGAGGUGACGCGUCCAAGGAGGACAUUGACAUCGCGAUGAAGUUGGGAGCCGGGUACCCCAUGGGGCCGUUUGAGCUGCUGGAUUAUGUCGGGCUGGACACUACAAAGUUCAUCGUGGACGGGUGGCACGAACUAGACGUGAAGGACCCCAUGUUUCAGCCCAGCCCCGCCUUGGACAAGCUGGUGGCCGAGAAGAAGUUUGGCAAGAAGAGUGGAGAAGGCUUUUACAAGUACAAGUGACGCGCAGCCCGUCUGGCUCCGAGCGGAACCGGUGAGCGCCCGCCAGCCACGCCGGGUGCCCGGGCGUGCCCUGCGGUCAGACGUCCCCUCGCCGGGCAGCGUCUGCUGUGAUCUCAAGUGAUUGGUGACGUUAGUUACAGUAACAGGUUCCUCCACUGGGUACGGAUGCCCUUUUUCAGUCUGUCCAUUUCUGCGUAUUUUCUAGAAAGCUUUACACCCUCGGUGCCUUAGAGCAAACGUUUCUUUUUAACCGUGCCGUUUGGGGAAAGAACCGCCUGCUGCGUUCCCUCCCCCCGGGGACAGUCCUUCCGCUGGGAUCGAGGGACACGGAGGGCACCGGCACCACGCAGGGGUGUCACGAGCCGCUGGCACCUGCCUGGUGCCCGUGAAGGGCCGCAGCAGGCGGCUCCCGAGUCUUGCCUCUGUGAGAACGUCUCGCUGCCCGCAGCUUCGAGCCUCACCUGCGUUCCGGGCACGUGCGCUGCUCUGUCUUAUUCGACUUGUGAUUAAGACGUGUGGCUGGGUUGCUGGGACUCUCUCUGGGCUCCGGCUGCCGGGAGACGGCUGUCUUCAUGGUCAUCCGGACCCACACACCUUAAUGAUUCCUGUCUCUUUUUUCCCCCUGAGAAAUCGGUGUUGCAAACAGCCUAUGAAUUGACUCUGAUACAACAUAAUCUUUUAGUCUGUGAAAAUUUGAAUUCAAAUAAACAUGUCUAAUUUAAAAAUUGU